AUGGCCGAGAAGCGCAAACUACGCGCGGGGCGCGAGCCCGCAGCCAAAAGACGAGUCUCCGAAGCAGUCACUCCGUCACAAAAGAAAAAGGCAUCGACACCCCGUGUACCAUCACCUCCACCACCGCCACCGCCGCCGCCUGAACCCGUGGAGCCUCUGCCAAUUUCAAUCAAGGAUGGUGAACCGGUGCCUGUCCUGCGUGAGCGACAGCCCUCCGACCUCUCAGACAAGGAAUACCAGUCCUACGCGGAAAGCGCAGUUCUCCUCACUGCUCUUGAGCGAUCAAAGAAGAAGUGGCUGAGCGACGGCAUCCUCGUCAGAUAUUACACCAAGCCGAAGAAGACAAAACGUGAACAGAUCGAAAAGAACAACCCGCCCAAAGAUUCAAUGACCAGAGUCGGCCCUUGCGACGUAACCGUGGGACCGCAUCUUUUUGAUGCAAUGAUAUACACUGUCAAGGAUCCCAACGCACCGCCGGCCAUUCAAUAUGCUCCGCCACCUAAGCAGAUGGCGCACUACGGCCAUGCACCCAAUUUCCAACAAUAUCAGCCUUAUCCGGGCAACCAGAAAAGGCCUCCAUACCCCCCGGCCCCUGCCGCGCGACCUUCGCAUGGAUACCCAGGAACACAUCCCACCCCUCCACAACAACGCGGACCGAGUCAUACACAACCGCAGUCGACCCAACGGCCACCCCAAAAUACACAGCCAGGCCAGCCGGCGAAGCCCAGCCCAGAUCCCGUGAUUCAGAUGCUUGCGACAAGAGCCGCUGCUGACCCAGAACUAAAGGCUCUCAUGAGAGUGGUCGCAUCCAGCCAGGCUUCACAGGAACAGCUCCGAGCUUUCCAAGCGCACAUUGACGAACUGAACGCGAUCAUCAAGGCAAGAGAACAACAGGCUCAACGUAAUGCGGCCGCGGCCGCGGCCGCACAUCGACCACCGGCGAUUCAACAGCCUGCGGCAUCUGCACACUUUUCAAGACCAGCGUCCCCACAGGUCGUCAUCACGCAAAGACCAGCAUCUCUUCCUGCCACCCACUUGCAGAGGCCUGGAGUUCCAAAUCAGCAAACAUCUCUGCAUUCUACCACGGCCGACGGUGCCCGAACCCAACCGACACCACUUUCAAAUGGCGCGUCACCAGCUACCUUGCAGAGAACACCUGCGACUUCAUCGCCAGUGCCUAUGUCAACGGCCACACCAACACCAAUACCUGCUCAAUCAUCUGCUACAGUGGCCGCACCUGGUUCUACGGCAGCUUCUGCAACCACGCCUGUUCCCACGGGAGCUCCUGUUACACCCACACCCGCCCCUCCCUUUGUAUCCAUACCCACAGCAACGCCCACGCCGAACAUCGGGCAAAAUCCUGGUCCUUUGACUUCAACACCCUCAGAAGAGAGCCAAAAAGAAUCGUCAACUCCCGGACAGAAUCAGCCCUCAACGCCAGCCCAAACGGCCCCGACGCAAGCAGCGAAUUCCAGCUCAUUGCCAGCAAGUACUGCGUCCGUCACAGUUGAAACCAGGCCGGUUGUCAAGCAAGAGCCUGUGACGACAAAUGUGGCAACCGCGCAGACUGCGACUCCUGCUUCCGUUAAGCCUCCCCUGCCAGCCCCUCCUGCAACUGUCUCUUCUUCCGCCGGCAUGUUAACGCCUACACCAACACCUCAAAUGCAAGCUCCACCGGCUGUGCAAAUCCCUCCAAGCUCCACUGUAACUCAACAGGUUCCACGUCCAACUCCACCGCAGCCUGGCCAUCAGCAACAGCCGCCGUAUGGGCCGAAUGCCCCUGUGCAGUCCCGCCCACCGGCCUAUGGCUCUCCUUCGCCUUAUUACCGACCACAAGCGCCACCACCACGACCUGUGCCUGCACCAAUCAAUUACAAGUCUGUUGUCUUUGAAUUCACCUCCCCUCUGACUCCCUAUGGAAGCAGUACUUCAGGUCAUGCUGGGUCAGGCGAUCGUUAUCUGUUCCCUGAACACUCCAUCUUGGAAUGGCUUCCAAACGAAAACACCAUCUUGGCAUCAUUUCUCAUCGUGAAAAAGGUCGAUCCGAAUACUCCCUUUCCCAUCGACACCGCCCCCGACGGGGGAACCGGGCGAAAAAGUAAAGGUGCUUCUAAAUCGAAGAAGGCAACCAAGGCAGAUAAGGCUAUCGCUACACCGACGCCCGCCGAUACCCCUCAGAAGCAAGAGCCCAGCGACGAGAAGAUCGAUGUGAAGCCCAGUGAGACUGAGACGCCUGCUCCUGCGAAUGACAAGUCUGGCAGUGAAUCAAAUCUGAAAGAGUACUGGCAACCCGUCACUUUCCGCAUUCACGCAGCGAACCCGCGAAUUCUGGAGCCAUUGACUCGCGUCGUCAAGCCGGCUGAUGAGGUCCGCAAGUACAUGAAUGAAAUCAUGGACCGGGCUGAACGUGCACCAGAUGGGUUCCCCGCCUUUAGACUUCCGUACGAGGAUGCCCGUGAAGCAUUUGAGGCCGAAAGUACUCCCGUAUCUACUCCAGUCGCUGUUCCGUCUUCCCGAAGUCGUCCUCCCAAGGCCUCGAUCAAGAAAAUCGAGGAAGAACCCGAUGUGGAGAAUCAUCAGGAGGAGGAGGAGGAGGAGGAAGAGUUGAUGGACUUUUAUGGCGCGCCUACAGGUCUGCCCCCGUUGCGGGUAUAA